GUCAGCACGAGCGGUUGACUUCAUUCUAGUUUGAACACAGUCAUGUCGAACGCAGAUUAUCAGUCCUUGACAUUUAUACAUUUUAAGAAUUCUGGCAAAGAGAAGGAGCCUUUAACAACAGAGGAAUUAGAAGGAAAUUCAUGUUUGCUGUGUAGCUCUGCAUGUCAUGGCUAUACAACCCAYCCAUGGAGGAAGUUUUGCAAUUCAUGUAAUUGUCCCCAAGAACUACAUGUCUCACAACUAAACAAUGAGAACAACAGGCCUACAGACCGCAUGUGUAUCGAAGCAGAAGACCCGCCAAUUAUGUCUGGCUCAGAUUUAUCACAAGCCAAUUUAGARGGCUAUGAAUGGRUCCCUCGAGGCUUGAGUAGUGAGCAGAUUGAAAAAUUCAUGCAACUGCUACCUCAACAUCUUGUUCCAAGAAUAAAUUCUGUCGGUGCCAAAACACGAGCCAAGAUGCUAGCCAUCCAAAUACCUUUACAAGAUUUUUCUUCAAAGCAUUGUAAAAAGCUCACACUUGACCAAAAGAUGGCUAUGGAUGAUUUCAGUGAAAAAAGACUAAAAGGAGCUCAAGGAAUAGGAGAAGUUAAUCCAUCUUUAUCACAAGAUAAAWCGUGCUCGAAAUGCAAGGAAACGAUUAGUUCUGGAGAAAUGGCAGUCUUUGCAGAACGGGCAGAGACAGAUUGUUGGCAUCCUGGUUGUUUUGUUUGUGAAGAAGAUGGUGACUUCCUUGUAGACCUUGUGUAUUGUUGGAGGGAGGGARCUCCUUACUGCUGCAGGCAUUGGGCAGAAAAACAAAAGCCACGAUGCGCUGGUUGCGAAGAGCUGAUUUACGUUGGUGAAUACUCUCAGGCUGUUGAAAAAAACUGGCAUCCGGGGCACUUAUGCUGUUCAUUCUGUGAUGAAUCGCUAUCAGGUCAAAAGUUUGUAACKGUAGAGCAGAGACCAUCUUGCUUUAAAUGUUACGAGUUAAACUUUGCUAACGCGUGCGAAGGUUGCAAGGAACCCAUUGGUCCAGGCUCAAAAGAUGUCGAUGUUCGAAACAAACAUUGGCAUGAGGACUGCUUCAAGUGUUCUCAGUGCCAAAAACAACUACUCAACGAAGGAUUCACAUUCAAAGACGACAAGCUUAUUUGUCAUGAAUGUCGGGGAAUCAAUCCUUCCAAGGUUUGCGCCAAUUGUGGAGGUGAUUUCGCACCAGGAGAGAAGAAAGUUGGUUACCAAAAUAAAACCUUCCACGAUAAGUGUUUUAUAUGUGAUGAAUGCAAGGAACCCAUCGGUAGCAAGCAGUUUAUCCGAAGAGACGAUAAACGACUAUGUAAUAACUGUUUUGACUCUAAAUUCGCAAAGAUUUGCGUUAAAUGCAAAGAGAUUAUCCGCACUUCUUCGGUGCAACACUCCGGCAAUACCUACCACAGUGAAUGCUUCACUUGCUUCCACUGCAACAAUCCUUUAGCAGGAAAACCUUUCACCAAGCAAGAAGGGAACAACGUCUGUCAAGGAUGCUAUCGGGAACGUUAUGCCAAACGUUGUGGAGCUUGCGAAAACCUUAUCGAAGGAAAUACCAAGUUUGUGGCCUACGCGGAGAAGUACUAUCAUCGUGAUUGCUUCACSUGCAGCAAAUGUGGCAAAGCUCUGGCUGGGGAAAAAUUCCGCAUUAGAAAUGAAGAAAAAGUCUGUCUUACAUGUGAUGAGUGAAUGGAAAGCAACAUACUUCAGAGACUCAUAGGAUAUUCUAUGGUAAUUCUAAUUAAAGUGAAGUGCGUAUGUUAGAUUGAGAAAAAAUUGAAAUGUCAUUACAUUUCACUAGUAAAUUAUUUGAACAUCUUCAAGAUGGUUAUAAUGCCCUUAGGCGCGUUAAAGAGGCUCCGCCGAUUUGUGAAGUGUACAGAAUGGAAUGAGUGGYACAGCCACCCCUUCAGCAAGCCCAAGCUUGAGAUGCACUUCAUGUAUGGAACAUGAUUUGAGGAGAAGACCUUKCCAAAAACGCAGUAUUCAUAUAAAAAGGGUGCUUCAUUCCAUKCAUGUAUUGAAAAGAAGCAACAUACAUAUAUUGCUGAAAUCGAGCUUUGUCUACCUCGGGUGUCAACUAUUGCUCAAAAGAAAUCUAUAAAAUACAAAGAGUUCUGAUUGUAAGUAGAUAGUUUUUCAAAAUUGCUUUGUAAGAGAAAUAACUUAGCGUAAUUUUGACUACACAAUUGGUUUUUAUAAAAAAAAUAUAAUUCCUAUAAGGCAAAGAAAGUAGCCUAGAUCACGUGRUUUUUAGAAACCGAUUUCAGAAUAAUUUUACAGCAAUGUCCUAAAUAAUUGUAGUCAUAUCGAUAAAUUACAAAGAUAUAGUAAUGAAAUUAA